AUGACGGUUGUACAUCCAACCUGGUACGGGCGAGAUGGGCAAGCUCUGUACUUGACUCUCGAGCCUAUCGCGGUGCAGAUACGGCAGUGCGCAUGGAUCGGAUCAUACACUUGUCCGCGCAAGCCUCCGUCUGCGACUGCGGGCAAUGAGAUCCACCAAGAUCCUGAAGCGAAUCAACGUCGCCAAUCUGAAGCUGCGCGCGGGAGAACAGUUCGGGUUGGUUCUCUCUCCUCCAACCAAGCUCUGAGCCUCAACCAGAAAUUGAAUGGCAGGAUCUCAAAUCUGCCACCGUCGAAGCGGUACAUGCCCAUGUUGGUGUCACCCGUCACCAAUAUCGGGACUGGAUCACGGUGGAGAGACUUCGGUUGGUGGAAGAGGCGAGGCGCCGCGCAAUUUACUCCAUCCGCGCUGACCGAAAUGCGCAUUGGCGCGCCUUCGCCGAAGAGACUGAGCGUGCGACUCUCGCAAACUCUACCAGAUGGUGAGACAGCAGGUCUGGGCGAGCGGCUAAAUCGGUGGAAAGAGCAUUUUAACGAGCUACUCAAUCAUCCGACUCCGGCGACGGAAGUGGCCGUUGAACCGACCGAUGAAUACGACUGCAACACUGCACCCCCAACAGUAGAUGAAGUGCGAGAUAUCAUGCGCCAUCUGCGUAACAACAAGGCUCCUGACCUAUCUUCCGAUUGGAGCGAGGCCAUCCUACUCCCUUUUUUCAAAAAGGGUGAUAGGAGACUCUGCUCGAACUACAGAGGAAUCAGCCUCAUCGACGUAGUGGCCAAGGUAUUUGCAGUGCUUCUCCUGCGAAGAUUUCAAGGCAUCCGUGAUCUGCGAACUCGCCCGUCUCGCGGUGGCUUCCGCCCAGGCAGAGGCUAUGUUGAUCAGAUCUUCAGCCUGCGGCGCACCCUCGAACAACGCUGGGCAUACCAGCAACCAACAGUCCUCUGCUUCGUCGACUUUGCGACUGCUUUCGACUCCGUUGAUAGAGGCUCACUCUUGCGUAUCAUGGAGGCCGAUGGCAUGCCCGCUAAACGUCUCAUCAAGGGCUACUACCAGUCGACGCGAGCCCGUGUUCGUGCUUAUGGUGAGGAGUCGGAGACGUUUGAGGCGAGGACUGGUGUGCGGCAAGGGUGUGCCCUAUCUCCUACCCUAUUCAACUAUACAAUCGACUGCAUCCUCGGCAAGGCCCUUCGGGACUACGCUGGAGUUGCGGUUGUUCGUAGGCGUAAAUUAAUACUGUAUAGAGAACUUCAUAUACCGCAUUUUCCUUCGAACGGUGUAGGGAUGUCGAAGUUUGUUUUGACUUCUAUACUUGACAGCGGCGCGGUGCAAAGUCAUCGAUAUUUUGACAUGAAUGCGGAAUUGUUAUGUGGUACUCCAGAAGUGCAGUAA